CUAGUUUCGCUCAAGCUGGACACAGCAAACAGAUCAUGGACUGAUAGGGGUAUGAGUGGCAAGAUACCUCGACAUGGCACACCAAAUAGUCGCGAUGCUACUAUUUAGUUUGAUAACAACACAGUGCAGAAUCUCUAACAGAGCACCAGAAAAGCGAUAAUUCAGCAAUUGAAACAAAUAAUCAAACAACAGCUCAAUUUUAACGACGAACAAAAUGGCCGAAGCAAUCCAUAACAACCACCACAGACACAACACCACAGCCAACAACAACCCACCCCCUCAUCAACCAUUCAAAGCAAGUCCAAAAAGACGCCACGAAAAGCCUCAAAGUGUCAGUCAAAAGCCUCCAAGUGUCAUUCAAAAGCCUCAAAGCAUCAACAAAAAGUCGCCGUGCCGAUGAAAAGUCUCCGACGUCGAUCAAAAAGUCUCCGGUUGUCGAUGACAAGUCUAGUCUUCUCCUCUCCGCGCUUCGCUUCGCUUCUAUUUCAAAGCAAUCUGAACGGUGUGAUACUUUCUGAUUUCACCACCCCGGCAUCUCCAGCCGUUCCCUUUUUUGCUCUGCGGUGAGCGCCUCGGUAGGUAUUUUGUCG